AUGGAAAAAGAUCAAAAUGAUACUAUCAUAGCACCUUUUCAGAGAAGUAAUAAAAGCUCCCUAAGGAUGACACUGCCAGUAGCGAUGAAUGGACCACCAUCAGGAACUACCACAUCUAUACCUAAACCACCAUCUAAUAUACUAUCUUAUGUACAAUUACGACAACUAUACCUAGGAGAUAGGAGGCAAUAUGACGAAGAAAAUAAUGACACAUAUAAAAUGUCUUUCUUUGACAAUGCAAAUGAACUAGAGAGAGGAGAAACCCUAAAAAAUGUUCAACAAUUAGUAGUCUCAAUAUUAUCUAGUAAUCAAUCAUCAAGGCCAUCAAAUUUAAGAGUAAUGACUCUAUCACUUGGAAGUAACUCAAGUAGCAGAGGAAAUAAUACAAUGGAAUAUCAAAAUGUAACUACCAAAAAAACCUCACAGCCAACAACGCUAAUACUCACAUCUCAACUAAUUAUAGUACCAGUAGGAGGAAACAAUGAUAAUGCUUACCUUCAAGUCAUACAAGGACUAGCAGGAUGGCUUCAAGGACAACAAACGAGAAAACAACAAUUGGUAGAUUUGCCAAUAUUUAGAAGAAGAAAUCAGGAUCCAGUAGAGUAG